AGAUUCCGUUUUGUAGUUUUGUAUUUCCUGGUGAGUUCAACCACAGUGCAUAACUAUUUCUUCUGAAUUAUGUGUUUUGAAAUUAAGAAGGCAGCAAGAUGAAUUAGUGGUUAUUCAGGGUGUACUUGUAUGCCACCUUUCGCCCAAAAGUUGUGGGAUAUGCUCCUGAACAGUCGGGUGCUACAGAACAGGAGGAGGAGACUGCACUGCGCUGCUGUCUGAUCGGUUCGUUGUGGUUUGGAGCGGGACUUUUGUGCUUUUCCUCCAGUGCGCCUUUCCCUUGUGCGCCCUCGGACAACAUGGUGUCAUCGUCAUCAUCAUCAUCAUCACCAUCAAAAUCAAGACUAUUGCUAUCCUUUUCAUCGGCAUCAGACAUGCACUUUUACUUUGUUGUCCCUCGCGUCACCGGAUCACAAGAAGAUCUCCUUUAAAUAACAUUUAAAAAAGCUCUGGCGUUGAUUUCCACCGAGGAGAAACUUAGAUUUCGUUGGUUGUUACUUCCAACACGUGUGAAGAUGGAUCUGUCAAAUUUCCUGCUAAGCACUCUGGCUCUGCUCCUUGUCGGAAGGGAUCUUUUCACCAGGGCCAUGCUGAGUGACAUUGGGGACUAUGUAGGUACAGACAUUGAAAUAUCCUGGUUACCUAACCUGGAUGAGCUCAUGAAGGGCUAUGCCAGAAACUUUCGCCCUGGGAUAGGAGGUCCGCCCGUGAACGUGGCCAUGGCGAUUGAAGUGGCCAGUAUUGAUCACAUCUCCGAAGCCAACAUGGAAUACACCAUGACCGUGUUCCUGCGGCAGAGCUGGCACGAUGACCGCCUGUCCUACAACCACACCAACAAGACGCUGGGAUUGGACAGUCGCUUCGUCGACAAGCUUUGGCUGCCCGACACCUUCAUCGUCAAUGCCAAAUCGGCUUGGUUCCACGACGUUACUGUGGAGAACAAACUGAUACGCCUGCAGCCCAACGGUGUCAUUCUAUACAGCAGCCGAAUCACCUCGACAGUGGCAUGUGACAUGGACCUGACAAAAUAUCCCAUGGAUGAACAGGAGUGCAUGCUUGACCUGGAAAGCUACGGUUACUCCUCAGAGGAUAUUGUGUACCAUUGGUCAGAAAGUCAGAGUCACAUUCACGGGCUGGACAAACUGGAACUGUCACAGUUCACCAUCACAGACUAUCGGUUUGUCACGGAGAUGAUGAAUUUCAAAUCUGCGGGAAGAUUUCCAAGGCUCAGCCUUCGCUUCCAGCUGAGACGGAACCGAGGAGUGUACAUCAUCCAGUCAUACAUGCCUUCCAUAUUGCUGGUUGCCAUGUCCUGGGUGUCCUUUUGGAUCAGCCAAUCAGCAGUCCCUGCUCGUGUGUCCUUAGGCAUCACGACCGUUCUCACCAUGACCACCCUGAUGGUGAGCGCCCGCUCCUCCCUGCCUCGCGCAUCAGCCAUCAAGGCCCUGGACGUCUACUUCUGGAUCUGCUACGUCUUUGUGUUCGCUGCACUCAUCGAGUACGCCUUCGCUCAUUACAAUGCCGACUACAGGCUGAAAGAGAAAGCCAAGGUGAAGGCGAGCAAGCUCGGCUCUGAGUCCAUUGUGAAGAACGGCAAACAGGCCAUGGUUCUGUUCUCCUUGUCUGUCACCGGUAUGAACCAAGGGGUGGUCAUUUCCAACCGCCAUAACCGUGCACAGCGUUCCAGCAGCGAGAUCCCCGGGGAGGCUGUCUCAGAGGAAUCCGAGUCCAGUAGGCGGUCCAGACAGAUGAGAGAGAGCGAGGAGGAAAAGAAGAAGUGUUGCUCCAAGUGCGUUUGUAAGCCUAUUGACGCCGACACCAUUGACAUCUACGCCAGGGCCGUGUUUCCUUUCACCUUCGCCGUGGUGAAUGUCAUCUACUGGGUGGCGUAUACCAUGUAAAAGGGAAGA